UACACGCAAUUUGCGCAGUGCAUGGCCACCAUGCCGAUGCAAUGAGUGCCGCUGACAGCGUCAAGAGUGCGUUGUUCGUGGGCAACUCCCACACUUACCAGCCAAAGGAGCUGGGCGGAGUGCCAGGAGCGCUUUCCCGGCUCGCAGCUGCGUGUGGGCACACCUUGUCGACGGAAAGCGUCACUCAAGGCGGAGCUGACUUGGCAGACCUGUGGGCAGAAUUUCAGAGCUUUGUGCAAAGGAGCAAGGAUGGAGCUUCAUGGGACACGGUGGUACUGCAAGUCGGAAAAGGCUCGGAUGAGCAUAGCCGCUUUGCCAUUGUGGAGGUGCUGCGCCACCGCUAUGCGCCGCUCCUCUUGCAGAUGCCCUCGCCACGGGUUGUGCUAUACCAAACCUGGUCCACGCCUUGGCCUGGCGCGAGUGAAGGCGAGGAGCUGACCGCGAGCCUUGAGGAGUAUCGUGCAGCGCUAGUCUCGGCCGGCAUCAAGGAAGUCAGCGUGGCCAAAGCUGGCCAUGCUUUUCUGCACCUCCGCUCGUUGGAUAGCCGUGUCUACCCAGCAUUGUGGAAGGAUGACAUGGGCCACGGUUCAGCAUUAGCAGGUACCCUCGUUGCGAUGGUGCUUGCCAUGACCCUGGGGAUCACGCAAGGCGAACGUGCGGGAAGGAUGCUGGAAGCAAUGCUGCCCAGUGCUUGGCGGACAGCGAGUCCUGGCUUUGCAGGUGCCACUGACUUUGGACAGAAAGCCUGGCGAGAGGAGAGCAAGGGCGCGCCAGCCGCGGUUAUGAGUCUACUCCAGGAUGCGGGGCGCAGAUGGAGGACGAGGACCUUCCUCUCAGCAAAUAUCCACCGGGUAUGCGCACAGAACGGCGCGACUUGCCUUUUCAGUUUGGUGAGCUCCUGGUUGCCUCGGCUGCCAGCGUGCAAGUGUCCGGCCCAACAGCUUCACCAGAGGAGCCAAUGAAGUGCUCGCCAGGAGGCUAUGCGACUGAGCCUGUCAAGGCGCGGAGGUGGCAAAAGCGAUGAGGAA